UCCGCCGCCGUCCCACUUUGCGCCUGGUCUGAGCUGAGCUGCGGCUACAAAAUGCCGGGCGGCUUUCUGGUUUUCCGUUCCCAGUUUAAGACCCGUGAUGUUUUCAGCUGUGCUCGGGGGUGGUGGAAGCAAUGAGGCUUGAUCGGCUUUGGAAUCUAAGAGUAGUUUCAGUGUGGCUGAAGUAUGAACUCGGAGACGGAACCGACCUUCGAAGUCACUAGUGGGGCGGCUCACGGGGAUGGACAAUCACAGGCCAGAAGGUGUUGGAGGGAUGGUUGAUGCGGACGGACAAACGUGCCGGAAGUCGAGUGGAACGAUGCAGCCGGAGCUUAGUGACGCGGAGCUCCUCGCAUUGGAAUUGGAUUUGUUCUGCGGCGAAUGUGACAAACCUGAACUAAAUGAGGGAGAUGAUGGUCACACUUCUAGCAGAUCUGCUGAAUCUUGCUGUACUGGACAAGGGACUGUUGAAGAUACUUGUAGUAGAAAUGAGCAAUCCUCUAAUCAGUCUGAACAGAAAAGCGAAAUGCCGCCUGAGGGAAGUAGCACCAAACGGAGAAAGCAGGAUGAAAGGAUCCCGCUGGAACGCUUUGGCCGAAAAUACCUGAAUGUCACUGACCUGACUAGACAGGUUUGGUGUGAGCAGCAAGUGGUGUAUGGACUGGAACUGCCACACAUUGAACAACUGCGAGAAGAAGUUCCAGUUGUGAAAGCAGGUAGCUGUCUACACCUGGCAAGAGAAUUGGAGAUCCAGGAUAUUGUCCCAAUAAAUGUAGAGAGCCGGGAAGAUAGCUGGGCUGUGAAGAUACUUAAUCUCCUCUCAAUGAUCCAGUUCUUGCAAGCAGGAGAGCGUGUCCGAGAGCUGCCAGUCUUUGGAGAGCUAGAGGGGAUUUUUCUGGUUGGUGUUGUUGAUGAGCUGUGCUAUAAUUCCAAAGGUGAACUGGAAUUGUGUGAACUGAAAACUCGUGGUCAGCGAACAUAUCCCAGUGCAGCUCAAAGGAAGAGUCAUCUGUUUCAAGUUAACAUAUACAAACUUCUCUUCGAGGCUAUGAUAAAAGGCAAACUGAACAAGGAAACCAUCACUGACCACCUUCGCUUACGGACAGAGCAGCCCUUUAGUUCGGAGAUUCUGAUGCAUGCUCAAAAGGUGGGAUUUUCCAUAAACACAUUUGGUGACCUUCUGGAUUUAAUGUUGCUAAACCUGACGUAUGCAGAGAUCCCCAAUAUUGACACCAUGAAGAUAGAAUACUGUUACCAAGCGGAUGCCUCUCUAAUUGGAACAGAAGUGGUGUACUUUGAAGAGGAGUGGGUUAAAAGUGAGCUAAAGCAUUAUUGCUCCUUCUGGAAGGGCCAGAGGGAGGCCAAGGGUGUGGAUAUUGAGGAGGCAUGGAAAUGUCGGUCUUGUGACUUUGCAGACAUUUGUGAGUGGAGACAUAGUAAAGCUGAAGAAGCUACGCAAAAGAAUAGAGCAAAUAAAAGCAAAUGAGGAUCGCAAUCAACAUUUGGUUUUAAACCAGACCAACAGAUUUGUCUUCUAACCAGAAGGAAGCCACCAUCACGGUACUGCUGUAGGAUGUAAGCACAGUAAUAUCUGAAUGCUCCUCGAUUAAUGCCAGCAUACUGAUUUCAUUCUGUGACUUUGCUGUCCUGAACAUAACUUUCCAAAUAUUGUCUGGGAUAUCCUGCUUGCUGCAGAGGGGAUUUCCAUUAACUCCUUUCUACUGCCUGACAGCAGUUUUCACUCUAAUGUAUUUUUGUGGCGAAGUGCCUUGUGAUACUGUUAACUAUUGGCAUUAAGUUAGUGGCCUUUUGGGCAGAUGUGAUUUCCAACAGGCUAAGGUUAGUGUCUGUUUCAGCAUUUGUUGAUCUCUGCCUAAAUGCUGCCACUUCUUUAAAAAUGUAAACCUUGCCCAUCAUGUUUUUGUGUGCGAGUCUCCUGGCCUUAAAUAGUUGAUGUAAAAGUGAGGAAGAGGAAAACAGUUUCUGUUGUUCUAAUCUGAUAGGCCAUGAUUUUGAAGUAUAGUGACUGUUGUAAAGUGGAGCUAGUAAUUUUGUGUUGAUGUACAGGCUGUACAAGUGGUCAUCAUCACUAAGCUUGCCAAAUUUCUCUUUUUCACAUCUCUUUGCUGUCAGUUUUAUACGGUACAACCUAAAAACAUUUUAUUGAUCUUGCCCUCUCAAUCCUUCUAAUUCGGGAAACAUGAUUAUAAACUGAGGAAGGAGUUUGAAAGAAAAAGUAAUCACUUUUAGCUAUCACUAAUUUUCUGCCCUUCAUCUUCCCUAUCUCCUUUUCCCCCUUACACCUCCCCUUUUGAAAGAACUAACUUCCUGGACGUACAAGCCUCCAGAUGUCUCUAAAUAGCCCUGAUUCACGGCUUUAGAGCAGGGGCAUCACAUACACUAAACUUAUCGUCACCCAACAUCUACAUGCACCUAGCUAGGGUCGAUAAACAGUGAAUACUCCAGUAAUUUUUGCAUCUUCUCAUUCCUCUUGCUUGAACUGUACUUUCCUUUCUCCUACUUUUGCUUGUGUGAGACCAGUCUGUUAAUUGAAGACACAUUGCGAAUUGAAUUUGGAACUUUCUCGAUGUGACUAGUUUGAUUCACCCGGUCCACGCUGACCAUGUUUCCAAACUAAACUAGUCCCACUUGCUCAUGCUUGGCCCAUAUUCCCCCCAAACCUUCCCUAUUCAUGUACUUAUCCAAAUGUCUUUUUAAAUGUUGUAACUGUUGUACCUACAUCCACCACUUCUGGUGGCAGUUCAUUUUCACACAAACCACUGAGUUUUAAAGAAAAAAGUUGCCAUUAUGUCCUUUUUCUUUCUAAAACUUUCUCCUCUCACCUUCAAAAACUAGCAGGCAUCCCAACCAACUAAGGAAAAGAUCCUUGCUAUUCCACCUCAUUUAUACCGGUCAUGAUUAUAUAAACCUCUAGAAGGUCACCCCCUCAACCUCCUAUGCUCCAGUGCAAAAGACCGAUGUUAUUUUUUAAUAACCCAAUCUCUCCAUUCCUGGCAACAUCCUGGUCAAUCUUUUCUGAACCCUCUCCAAUUUAAUAAUGUCCUUCCAAUAAGUGGGUGACUAGAACUGCACACAGUACUCCAGAAGAGGCAUCCCCCCAGAGUCUUUUUCAACCACAACGUGACAUCCCAACUCCUAUACUCCAAGAAAAACAGAAAGAACUGCAGAUCCUGUAAAUCAGGAACCAAAACAGAAGUUGCUGGAAAAGUUCAGCAGGUCUGGCAGCAUCUAUGAAGAAAAAGGAACUCCGUUCUGAGGAAGGGUCACCGGACCCGAAAGGUUAAAUCUGAUUUCUUUUUUUCCUUCAGAUGCUGCCAUACCUGCUGAGCUUUUCUAGCAACUUUGUUUUUGUUCCUAUACUCAAAGAACCAAGUAAUGAAACAUGCUAAACACAUCCUUAACUACCCUGUCUAUCUGUGACACAAACUUCAAAGAACUAUGUACCUGAACUCCCUUGAAGGUAAAAUGCUUCGGGAUUAUCUUGAUAUCAUUAAAUCUCUCAAUCAAUGUUGGAUCAUUGUGGAGUUGUAUUCAGAAAGUCCAUAUUACAAGGGGUGAGACAAUCCUUUCCAAGUAGGGCUCUGCCAGUUGUGGGGCUCCAGCAUAUGGUGCCAUACCAUGUGAAUGUCUGUCAUGCAAAAAACCUACUGAAAGUAUUCUCUCUUUUUUUUUUGUAGGAGCAAGUCAUCAGUCCAGACUUUUGGUUAUAAUUAAUAACAAAGCCUGCAGGAAUCUGAAGGGGAAUAAAACUAGGGUGGUGGGGAAAUGUUACUUUUGAAGUAAAGGUGAUUCCAUGAAAUUAAGGCUAAGACUUCGUACUUAAUCUUCAGGAUGUUAGCAUCUGCAUGUUUAGCAUGUGUUCAUGCAAAAUUCCUUUGUACAGUAUUCAAAGCUAAUUGUAAUAGUUCAUUUUUAAUGGCACAAAAAGAAUUUCAUAGGAAAAGCUAAGCAGUGUUCCAUAAGGUAAUCACCGUCUUCUGUCUCUAAGAAUUAAGCUACACUUACUAGUAAGCUAGAUAUUACAAUUACUAAGUUCCAAAAACGUCCAGAUUUUAUAAGGACAGUUUUUGGUAAAGCAGAACUUAUGGCCCUGGCUAUAAAGUUCAAUACACUACGUUUACACAUAGAAGUAAAGAACGAUGGAAGCUGGAGUUCUGACAUAAAAACAAAGUGCUGGAGAGAAGCAGCAGGUCUCGUAGCAUCUGUGGAGAGAAAGAGACCGGAAUUAAUGUUUCAAGUCGAAUAACUCUUCAGAUCUAAAGAUGGCUGGAAAAUUAUGGUUUUUAUGCUUCAGACAAUGAGAGGAGGAGCAAGUUGAACAGAUGGUGAGGCUGCCUGGAGCAAAAGCCAAAAGGAGUGCUGAUGGUAGAAGAGGAGAGCUGUAGAUGUAGCAUGUGUUUAUGGAAGUUGUAAGUAGCAGAAAAUAGGUCAGCUCUGCUACUAACCUCUACCAUUAACACCUGUUCUACAUCUAUAUCUCUCCAUUGCUAUUAGUAUCCUGUUGCCUUUUACUGUCGGCAGCCUCACCAUCUGUUCAACUUUUUCCUCCUGCUGUUCCCUCUUUUUUUUUUGCGAACAGCAAAAAGGCUGUCAUUUUCCAGCCCCCUUCAGUUCUAAAAAAAUUCCAUUGGACUUGAAACAUCAAUUCUGUUUCUCUUUCCACAGAUGCUGCUGGAUCUGCUGAGUUUCUUCACCAUUGUAUUAUUUUCACUACAUUCACACACUUACACUGAAUUUUUUCUUCAUGGUUUUAUUCUCUAAAUGAUCACUAAUGUAAUGUCUCAUGCAUUCCUCUAUCAGAUUUCCUUAACUUGGAGUAUCUUAAUGUUAUAAUGUAAAAUGCACUUUUAUUUAUAAAUGAACAAAAUUGUCUCAUAUACCAUUUAAGUACGUUAUUUUGUGAACUUUUGUAAAGCUCACAUAUUAAAAUUGUUUGCAAAGUUUUGAUUGAUCCUGUUUCCGAUUUUUAUCCUGCGAUAGAAAUGCAAAUAUUUCUAUAACUUUAGCAUUGCAUGGAUGAUGUCUGUUAGGGGAGGCAAUGGCCUAGUGGCACUAAUGCUGGACUAGUAAUCCAGAGACACUGUUCUGUGGACCCAGGUUCAAAUCCUGUAAUGGCAGAUGGUGGAAUUUGAAUUCAAUAAAAUAUCUGGAAUUAAGAAUCUAA